AUGAAUCUACUCACAGACUCAAAAAUGAUUGAAUUUUUAAUAAACUGUGAAGACCUUCUAAAUUCAAUGCUUGAUCAAGCCCAACUUGAAUAAAUGUGUCAUUAACUAAUUGACUCCUCCUGUAAUAUUAUGAAAUAUUUUUAGAUUUAUAUUUGGAGGAAAUAUAAAAUUACAAGAGAGAUGUAAGCUUUGAAUUGAAAUCAAAAUCAGCAGAAAUCGAAAUGCUCAACUUUUAGAUAUCAAAAUAAUCAAAUCAACUGAAGGAUCAAAAAAGUGAUUUAAAUAUGUAAAUUGAGAUCUGCUAAUAAUUGGAGUUAUAGUUGCAAUUCUUUGAAGAGAAAUCUUUGAAAUCUGAAAAGGAAAUUGUGGAGGUAGAGGCUGAACUAAGAAAAAAACUUCAUCAGCAGAAUUAAUAAUAUCGAGAUUAGAUUUAAACAUUAAAUAGUGUAAAAUAGGAAAUUGAUAAACAGAUUCUUCAACUCUCAAAGGAAAAAGGAUUUCUCUAAAUAUAAUUUGAACAACUCAAAUAGUAAUUUGAAGGUUAGUAAUUUUUGAUACAGAAUUUGACUGAGUAAUUGGCCACUUUACAAACGAAUUCAAGCAUUAUUACUAACACACAACAAAAUAAUGAUUGUAUUAUUAAUUGUUAAGAUGAAUCAAUUGAACUAAAAUUUUAACAAAAAGAAAGUUAGUAUUCAAAUUGUAUUUCGCAUAAUUAAAUUAAUUUUAAAUGGGAAAAGAUUUAACCAAGUAUAUCAUCUAUUAGGAAUUCUAUAACCAUGAAGAAUCCAACAAAUACUAGAUGUGACAUCUAAUCAAAAGAAAAAAUUAGAUCCUUGGUAUUUCUUAAUUCUACCAAAGUAAAGUAGAGUGAUCCUUAUUAUGAAUUUUUUAAAUUGGUAAUUCCCCUUAAUAAUACUUAGAUUACUCAAUGUGUCAAACUCGAUUUGGGAUAAGCUCAUAUCUUUACUAUGAAUUUCGAUCACCUUUACGAGAAGUUUAAGAAUGACUGUAUUCCUUUCAAUCAGUGGUAUUAAAAAAUAAUAGAUGAGAUUUUUACAUGA